CACCCGGCUUCGCUCUUAACAUUCAGCCCUAUUGUGUGAAAGAGAUAUUGACUGCCCAUCCCCCCAGUUUGUGCCAGUGCUGGAGCACCACCAAGGAUCCACAUAUAACGAGGGAAGACGACACUUGAUAUAUCUGCCAAGAGAGGCAUCGACCUUCGAUGAAAACAAGGAUCUUGUAGGGGGAUGUCCCGCUGGAGCAUAUCAGUAUGGCUUCCGACCAAGUGAGGCAGAACAGCCUUAUUAUCACAUCAUGUUUCUUCACCGCAAUCUCCACCAUGGUUGUAAUUGCUCGAACAUUCGUUCGGGCAGUUCUUAUUCGAAAGCCUGGCUUCGAUGAUUACUCCAUGAUCAUUGGAAUGGUCUUUACCCUUGCCUAUCUCGCAGAAAUCUUUGUCGGAAAAGCAAACCAUAUUGGUUUCCCCUCUAAGGAUUUGAGCCUCGACAACAUGACAAAUCUCCUCAAGAACACCCUAGCAAUUCAAGUCACGUACUAUGUUUGCAUAUCAGCGAUUAAGAUCUCUAUCUUGUGCAUGUACCUCAGGUUUGCUGGCACCAGGUCGCUCAACAUUCUCUGCAUAUGCACCAUUGUGUUUCAUCUAUUAUUCUUCGUCAUCUGUAUUGGCGUCACUCUAUCUCAGUGUCAACCACUCUAUGAGAUGUGGGACCUGACCGGGACUGUUGAUGGAGUGUGUAUCAACACCACUGCCUUUUUCUACUUCACUUCCGGUUUCAACAUUGUGACUGACAUCUGGAUUCUCGUCCUUCCUAUCAAAACCCUUAUGGGCAUCCUCCGGCCGCGGCGAGAAAAGAUUGCCCUCGGCAUUAUUUUCGGCGUCGGCGUGUUCGCAACAAUAACAUCCAUCGUUCGAUUACACACGAUUUACACCUAUACCCUCGCCAAGGACCUCUUCCAAGAGAGCAUCCUUAUUAACAUCUGGUCCAUGCUAGAGAUCAAUGUUGGAAUAAUAUGCGCCAGUGUUCCUGCGCUGAAACCACUGUUUACUCCUCGCGCUUUACGAGAAGCGGCAAACAGAAACAAGCCAGGAGCAUAUCAGUAUCAUAGCCAGGAGAGAUCAGGAUUUCACUCGAAUAAUUCGAGAUCAAGAGAUAGAACAGAAAACCCCUACAACUUGGAUCGAGUGGGCGGCCAGGUAAACUCCAAGACGGUGCUACAAACGACAUCACGUAUGUCGGGCAGUGAGGAUAGUAUCCUCGGGGUCUGAGUUGUGAGAUUUAAAGUCAUUCGGAUAAGGCGUUUGAGUGAUAUGCGCUUCAGAGAAGCAAUACUUCCGUCACGAUGAGGCGGUAACGGAUGAAGAUGUUAUGAC